ACCCGAGUGACAUGCGUUCUCAAUCUUCCUUUUAGGCUGCUGGUGGAUCUGGAACCGCAUGUUGGCUAUCCGGCUCCACGUAGCCACUGCUCAAGCAGGUCAAAGGCAAGUAAUACACCAUGAGCCCAAGACGGCAAAUCCGGCGCUCCGAAUGGGAGAAGAGCCUGAACGAUGUGCAGAUAAGUAAAGCGGAUUUGAACCGCCUGGUCAUGGACUACCUCGUCAUCGAAGGUUACAAGGAUGCUGCCGAGUCUUACGCCACUGAGACAGGGAUCAGCCCUCAGGUCGAUCUUGAAAGCAUCGCUAACAGAAUGACCGUUCGAAGCGCAAUACAGCGUGGCGACAUCGAAGAGGCAAUCGGCAGAGUCAAUGAACUUGAUCCCGAGAUACUGGACACCAAUCCCGUGCUCUUCUUCCGCCUGCAGCAGCAGCGUCUGAUCGAGCUGAUCCGCACAGGUAAGGUCGCCGAAGCUCUUGCAUUCGCCGCCGAGGAGCUCGCUCCAAGGGGCGAGGAGCAUCCGGAGCUGUUGCCAGAGCUCGAGCGUACCAUGGCGCUCCUUGUUUUUGAUACGCCUGGCAUAGCAUCAGUAGGCGGCAAGAGCGGCUCACACUCUCUGCCCACGUACAUUUCGGACUUGCUCACCCCAACGCAGCGCUUGAAGACGGCGGGCGAACUGAAUGCUGCCAUUCUGGCGAGUCAGAGCCAGGGGAAGGACCCGAAGCUUCUGCAGCUGCUCAGGAUCCUCACUUUUGGUGAGCACAUGCUCGGCACUGAGGGCCCAGGCGAUGUGGACUUUCCGAGGCUCGAUCUCAGCAGUGCUACUCUGAAGAGAUCUAAUGCGCUCGGUGAUGCGGAUAGCCCUAGCCGUUCGGAUGCGAUGGUCCUCUGAAGCAGUCGCUCUCGCCACGCACUCUGUUGUAUGAUUAGGCAUUUGUAUCAUAUAUGCAUCUUGUACUCAAU